AUGGUAGGUAAAAACUAUAAUUGCGGAGUCGAAAAAGAAGCUUUACCAUGGAACUGUUUUAGGUGUUCGGAGGACCAAAUGGUGUUUUCAGCCAGUGGGCGAGAAGAUAGUGACACGAGGAUGUUAGGCACCGGUAGACCGUUCUAUAUACAGAUUAAACAACCGAAAUUUAAUACUAUAACUACAGAGCAGUGUAGGAUUAUAGAAAAAUUAAUGUUGCAACCAGACGAGAAAGUAGUAGUGGUAGUAGUGAAAAAGCUUAAAGAGGUUUUCCAGCGCGAUUUGAAGCUUGUCAAAGAGGGCGAACAAGAAAAAAGAAAAACCUACUUGGCUCUAUGUAAAACCCUAUCUCCAGAUAUUGACGAAACCAUCGAGCAAAUCAACCUUUUCAAAACACCACGUGUAAUUCAACAGAAAACACCAAUAAGGGUCUUGCACCGAAGAUCACAACUGGUUAGGGAAAGAACCAUCUACGAUUUGAAAGCUACUAAAGUUGAAGGUGAAUCUGACUUAUUUUGCCUAGAGUUAGUAACGCAAGCUGGGACAUACGUAAAGGAGUUCGUACACGGGGAUUUCGACAGAACGGUUCCCAAUUUAAGUUUUUAUACGGGAUAUCUGACAGACGUAGUGGCGUUAGACGUAUUGGGAGUUGAACUGGAAUGGCCACCGGAAGGCGACGAAUGAGGCUCUUCGAAUGUGAUUCUCCUCCCAUGAAGGUGUUAAUAGUGUUAAUAUUAUAAAAAAUACCGUGACGCGACAUCUCGUAACACGACAGUUCGUAACCGCACAAAUAGUAACGGAAAAUUCGUAACCGCACAAGGGACAAUUCGUAACGACAACAAUUCGUAACGGUAUAAUUCGUAACGUCAUAAUUGAAUUAUUAUGUUUAUUUUUGUUAACGUGAAAACAUAAUUGUCUUAAAAUAAAUAUAAUCUAUACCCUGUUUUUAACCUAGGAGGAGGAAACUCAAAAGACAGAUUCACGCCCGAUAAUGUCACUAUAAAACUAACCAGUUUUAUCUUCUUUUUUGGCUGUUCAUGUCAACUUUCGACGGUAAUCCAUAAAUAUUAUGUUAUACUCAUACGUCCCUAAAGAAUUCUAAAACAAUCGAAGAAAACAUAAAAAUCGCUUAUAUAACUUAAUUAACCUAUGAAUUUUAAAUGCCAAUAGUGUAAAAAUUUCUAAAUGUCAAUAGUGCCAAAAAUUUCAUAAUUUAGUGGAGUAAACUUGCCUGCGGUUGGACCAAUUGAAUCGUUUAUUGUUGAAAGGGGGUACGCACCAUUUUCAACUUUUCGAGCUAUAGUAAAAAACCCUUCUCUCUUUCUAUAUGCACGUUGUAACAUUAAUGGUAAAUACCAACGCCUCGACGGUGGGCCCCAUUGAAACAUUAACACGUCAAAUGCCAGUGAAACAUGAAUGGAAAAUUAAAUUUUGACAAGAUGUUGAUAUGUCAUAUAAAGAUGUGACGUGCUAACACCAUUUGGAGAACAACUCCUCGGUUGCUCAGAAUCAGAUGAGAUACGGGGUGGUUCUUAACAAGAUGUUAUUAAUAUGCUCUUAUUAGCUUAGAAAUAAAAAAAUAUAAAAAUCAAAAUAAGAAUGUCAAAUAAAAAGAAAUAAAAUAUUGGGCGCCACUGGUUACGUUAUGGGAACCAAAAAUAUACAAAAAAUAGAAAUAAUAAAAGAAAGGAUAGAAAGGAUAAAUCAAAAAUUAGACAAAAACAUAGUCAAUGCAAAAUAUAUAUUUUUAAUUAAUAUUUAUUGACGGAAAACUCCAUUUUACAAUUAAAAUUAAAAGUCAAAAUUAAACAUUGAACACAAGUUAACUUACAUUACUUACAAUUAAACUAACGACAUCAAAAAAUUAAAAUCAAAUUAAAAUAAUUCACGUGAAAUAGUCCUUUUAAAAGCAUUUAGUGUGACUCCCAUAAAGUCUAUAUUUGGAAACUCAUUUACACUAGAAACAAUUCUAUUUAAAGGCAUAUUUUCUGCAUGACGUGUAUUGCACGAUCUAGCGGAUAGCAAGGGACAUCUUCUCAAAUUCCUAGCUGCAACAUAAAAAUCUAUUCGACCCAGAAUGCUAGGUGCAACAAUAAUACCAUUUAACACCUUAAGUACGAAAUUAAGGUCAAAGUAUCGCCUGCGAUCCUCUAGACGGUGCAAAUGAAACAUCUGCAUGAUCUGACUGGAAUUAAAUUGCAUUCCUCUAGUAUCUAAUCUAUACCGCAGAUAUCUAACGAAUUUAUUUUGAAUCGAUUCAAUUCGAUAUUUGUGAUUCUCAUAACUUGGACUCCAAAUCACUGAACAAUACUCUAGUAAUGAACGAAAUAAAAUACUUUAUUAAAUGAAAGCAAAUAUGGCGUGACUUACCUUAUCUAUGUCUUUACUCAGCUGUAGUUACGAAACAAGAGAGAAGGAAAAGACAAAUAAUAAGAUUAUAUUUUGCAAAUCAAUCAUUAUUUAUUGAAACAAAAAAUUUAAUCUGUGAUCUCUUACGAUGUUACAAAUACAGAUGUACCAGAUUACGUGAUUACCAAAAAAAAAAGUUUUACAAAGAAAAAAUAAUACCUUGUCACCAUAGUCCUGUUCUUCUUGGUUGUUCUAAGUCCAAGGCACAAUUCACUCACUAAAUGUCACUUUAAUUAGGAAGAGAUACAAUAGAAGUACAUCAGGUUACUCAUAGUUUAUAGAAAAAUUCCAUAGUUCAUAGAAAAAUUCAGCAUUGAAUGUAUUUUUGUUAAUCAAAUCUGCACUACUCGAAAAAACAUUAAAAAUAAUUUGUUUUCUAGUUUAUUAAACGGGAUCACAAAAUACUAAAAUGAAAGCAAACUUCAUGCUUAACUACGAUGUUGAAACUAGUAACACCAAAAAUAUUCUACUCCUUCUGCCUAAUUCGUGGAUCUGACUGCAUGUAAAAAAAAAUGAUACCAAAAGUGGUAUAACAAUAUCGACAUUCGCCUAACAGCAGCGAAAAUGCCGGAGUCCACGUCCUCUGUCCGCCAUGUCAUGCCGAGCUGAGCCAGAGCAUUAGCAAGCUACCAGAGCAUUAGCCAGCCGGGCGAAGACAGUUGCAAUAUGAAACUACAUCUUAAACUUCACUAUACUAAACUGGAAACUGACUGCUCAAACUAGACUUCACUUCUUGACGGCUCUAACGUAACUGACUUUCUCGAUCUCCUCAAAACUCAAUCUCCCAGAAUUCAACGCCCCUUCCAGAAAUCAUUCGAUCUUCCCAUCAACAAUUCAACGACCAAUUAACAGACUUGACACUCAAUCAAUCAAAAUCUUGACCAAUAGGAAAUUGCAAAUUACACUCUAGGUUAAGCCCUCGGACGCACACCAAAACAGCUCGGCCAAUCACCAAAAAAGAUUAAUAAACAGAUCUCAAAAGUUUGUUACACCUAUUUUUCCUAUGAAAAAUGCUUAAGUCAGCUCUAUCAACGAUUGUCGACUCGAAAACACUUGAGAAACCCUAUAGCUACUAUGGAACCUAUUAUGUAAACAUUCAGCUCUAGUGGACAGAAUUCAGUCUCAAAAAACCAUUAAAUUCUUUUAAUAACUCGCCGAAGAUAAACAAAUGCUCUACUUCUGGGCAAACGGAAAACAUAUCAUAGAAGAAUUUAUGACUUUGAUUCCUUUUGGCGGUUUUAAAAUAACGUAAACACUUGAAGAAAUAAAAAUUCAUCAAUUCACGAGAAACACAAGAUCGAUUCAAUACUGUGAGAACGAAAAAAAAUCAGAUGAUCUAAUUCCACACAAUAUACGGUACAAUUCCCGAAACGGAUUCAGCAUACAGGGUAAACCGAUAAUACUAGGGGCGUACUAUAAAUACGUUCUUAACACAAAAAAAUUAAGGGGUGAUAUAUCAAUGACCUUCGUACCGUCACAUUUGGUGUUAAAUGCAGUUUUGCAGUAUAAACUAUAUCCAUGCAGUGCAUCAGUGUUUGUUUCCUUUCAACACCAAAUGACGCGGAUAAAGAAAGAAGGAAGGGAUUUUACUGUAACUCAAAAAGUAGAAAAUGACGCUUACCCCCUUUCAACAAUAAUCGAUUCAAUUACAAACAAGCAUUUGAAUUGCUCCUAGUUUAAAAACGAUGUAUAGUAAUGUAAAUUGUAAUAAUUAAUUUUCGAUGGGUUUCGAUAUGUAAAUAUUGAAUGACGUUUAAUAAACUUCAUUUUUUUAUAUCCCGGAUAAUAAUUUUGUUAUUUAUAUUUUAAACAAAUUAUAUUAAAAUAAUAUUUAUAAAAGUAAAUAAACAAUUUUAUUAUUUUUUAUUUAUUAGUUAGAUUUUACUCAAAUUAACUUAUAUUUAUAUAAGUUAAUUUGAGUAUUAUUAUGUACCGUUAUGAUCUGCUUUCUAUUACUUUUAUUUUAAUUGAGUAUUUAUUUAAUUAAUUAUUGAAUUGACGCAAAUCAUACAUAAACAAUUAAUAAAAAAUCUCAGGGUGCCUUUUUGUCACAAAAAUUAACUAAAAUUAUCUUAAGUUAUACUUAUCCUUUCUCGUGGCUUCAGUAUCUCUUAGUUGAUCCUUAUCGGGAUAAAAUAGGAAAAGGAAAUAAAUAGAAAAAUUUUAAAUAAGCACAUACAAAUACCUUUAUUAUCAAAAGCAAUGCUCUGAAAAUCUAUCAAUUAAAUCCUUUGGGCAUAAUUGAACAAAUAUUUAUCGCUUUGUUCCUGAUACCAUUUAUAAAAUAAACUAAACAAACAAGUUUAGGUAUUUGCAAAACUACUUAUACUUCAUAUUAAAUUAUUGAAAUGUUGGAACCUUAAUUCAUAUGCUUUUACGCAAAUAUUUUAACUUCUGAUUAUAAAGAACAUCUAUCACAUAAGUUAUUGACUGACCUUUUUGAUUCACACACAAUGAUGUCUCCUCUUGACCCAAACAGCUCUUCCUUGUUGAUUAUGUUAGGCUACCAAUUAAAGCCCUCUUCGUUCUCAACAUCAAUCCAGCAGCAUACCAGCAACUAUUUCUCCAAAACACAAGCCAGGCCGCUUUUGACCAGUACUCGUUCAAUAAACUCCAAAACUCUCUCCUCUCUUUCUCUCAAUAAUAAUCUCCUGAGACCCAAGUAUCUUUUUUACUUGGUGUCACAAAUAAUUUUAAUAACUAUAGUUCUUGUAACUUACUCUCUUGGACUUUACAGAAUCAAAGAGGUUUUUCUUCUCAAUUUGAUUUGUCUCUCGUUCCACUUUUCAGCUACUCUCCACUAUCAAACAACCACUAGUACUUGCUUCUGAACUAUACGCGAAAACUUUCGGAUACCGACCACACAAUGAUUUUUCUUUUCCAAAACUGUCUCAACAUUCAAACUUCCCUUUCCCCAUUCCAAAUUGCCAAGCCAAUCAGAAACAUUUCUCUUUUUCAUUCGAAAAACCAGGCAUUCUUUCAAACAAUACUUAUACUCAUCCUAAUCACUUUCCGGAAAUUAUACAAAUACUCUUGUGCUUAAAACAAACAGACUUAAAAUUCCAAAUCUCUCUACCUUUGUUUUUCUAAAAACUAAUAAUUACAUCUACCUGUGGAUUUUACCUUCCCGUAACAAUCUUUUUAAAUUAUAAUCCGAAAUAAAUUGUCAUUUCACUUCACUGUAUUUACAAAUGUCUUUAAGUCUUCAGGGAAAAACUCAUUAAGGAGAAACCCACUGCGUAAAAGCUACCUUCUACUAAAUAGUUGCAAAUCAAUAUACAGGGUAUCAAAUUUAUGUGCCCGCGUUAUAAUUAAAAAUUUAAAUUUUUACUCUAUCUUUGAUUAAUAAAGUGAUACAUAAUAGUACAUAUUAUGUACUUAGUUUUACACGGUUUGACUUUGACAAUUCUGGGUAUGCUUUAUUUACACGUUAGCAGAUGGCGUUAGGAGUAUAUUGAAAUAUUUUAAAUUAUUAAUGAAACAUAAAUAUUAUUUGAUAUUAAGUUUCAUUAGUAUAUAAAAUAAAUAAGGUGUUUAAAAAUAAUAUUUGAGUAUCGUUUGAUGAAAGGUAUUAUUAAUAACUAACGUUGGUAGAAAUAUAUUUCUUUUGUAUUUACUACUUCAUCAGUAGGUACUUAAUUAAAUCUUUCGCAAAAUUGACAAAAAUAUUGGUUAGGUACUUUAAGAAAAAUAAUUUAAAGCAGUAUGUAACUUUAUAGUUAUUUGGUUUACAUGCAAGGCUUUUAUUAUUUUAAAAAUGUAAUUCUUAAUUAUUUUCAAAGUUUGAUGAUUCUAUAAUUUUUAAAAAAUUUGGUGGAUUGACUGUAUAUGGCAAUUGAUUGCAUGCCCCGUCGCCCGUCGCAUGGCGACGGGUAAAAUUACUAUUAAUGUAAUACCCUAUGAUUAAUUUAAUUGUAGUAAAUACAUUAUUAUAAAACUAUUUUUGUUUGUUUAACUAUUUUUCAGACUUAUGCCCGAAUUCACCAACAAUACCUAAACAGUUGCCUUAUUAAGUAAUUCUUAUCGUUAGGAACUUCUUAAGUCAAUACUUAGGAACAAUCGCAUUUCACAACUAAAAGGACUGCUUAUCUAGGAAAUGCUUUCUUAGGUAUUACCUAGGGUACGUUUGAACUAUUUUUGAUAAAUAAAAAGAAGAAUAAGAUGACAUUUUCAUACUUUUUUGAUUAUUUGUCAUUAUUGUUUGUUUGCCAAUUUGGUUUUAUUCAGUUUUGUACUGUUAUAGUUAUUUUAUUUAGUAGUUAGUUAUUUGUGCAUUAAGUUUGUAUAUAAUAAAUACAGUCUUGUAUGUUGUUUGUAUAUGUACAGUGAAAUGGAGGAAAAGAAAAGAGUUGUAAAUUUCACAUAGGACGAAAAAUUGAAGUUAGUUGAAUUGUCAUUAUUGAAAUAAUUUUAAAAUAUAUAACAUGUUGAAAAUUGCUUUUUAUUAUUAAUUUUUUAAUGACACACUUUUAGUUAUAUCAUGAAUGGGUUUUUGAAACACAACACUAGUUUGUUAGGUAGUAGGUAGACUACAUAAUUUUGUCAACAGACCUGUAAAAAACUCCAAAGGAUUUUCUACAGGUAUAUUAUUAAUAUAAAAGAAAAUACAAAAUUACAACUAAUAAUAUACCUAAUAUUACAGAAUAACAGAAAAAUUAAAGUAAAAGCAAAUUAUUGACAAACGUCACAAGUACAUUAGUCAAAAUUGUAAAAAUAUAACCCGACUGUCAACGAUAAGUAAUACCUAAAGUUUAGGGAGAUCGAAAUCCGUAUCCUAACGUAAGGUAAUGCUUAAGUGGUUUAGGCAAUUCUUAUCGUAUGGUGAAAUCCGUUUUAGAGUUAGGAAGUACCUAAACCCACUUAGGUAAUUCUUAAAUAUUUAGGUAUCGUUGGUGAAAUCGGGUAUUAGUGUUACAACUUUAACGUGAUUAUUCAAAGUAAAUAAUUAAAGGAAUGCUUUAGUUGUCAUAUUAAAAAGAAUAUAUAUGCAAAAAUAUGUGUAAAUUGUAUUUAAAAAGAAAUGGUCUUAAAAUAAGUACCAUUACUUUUACUAUAGGAAAUGCAAAAUCCUUUUUUUUUGUAUAAAUUCAGUAAUAAUAAAUUAACUAAAAAAAUUAAAUGUUGGCGUUACGAAUUGACGCGCGGCGUUACGAAUUGUCCGUUACCAUUUGGGGUUUCAAACUGUCGCGUUACAAGAUGUCAUGGAACCCAGAAAUACACAAAUAAAAUUAUUUUAUGAA